CUGAGCUGCUCAAAGACUAGAAGCAUUUUGCUGACAGAUGAGGAAAGUGCCCAAUUUGAGCUGCUGCAGACAAUGGCACAUACUGACAGUGAUGUAACCAAAGUAUUAUCCAGAGACAAAAGGAGCCAACAGUUAGACAAAAGCUCUCCUUUACCCUGUCAGCCUGUUCAAUGAGCUCUAAUUAGAGAGAUGAGUCCGAUCAAAAAACAACCUUCUCCUAAACCAGAUGAAACAACUGACAGACUAUAGAAGAUGGCAGCAAAUUAGGCUAAAUAUAAUAGAUGAAAACUAUUGACCAUCACCAAUUAUUAACCGUUUUAAUACCUAGAGUGGACUCUGAAUUGGUAAGGUCUUGUAAAAUGACUAUUUUACAAAGUUGUUUUAACAAUAAUUUAGUGCCUUUUGCAGAGUUUCCAGAUCACCAGCACAUCUUUACUAGGGGAGUCUGUCAAAUGUUCGGUUGAAUCUUCUCAAGUGGCUGUAAAACAGCAUGUCUUUGUGGCCAUCGGCGAGACUCAAUUCGAGCUUGUGUCACCACAGCCAUGAUGCUUUAAUAAGAUGUGAUGUUGGAGAUAAAGGAUGAUACUGGAAACCAGGUGGAAAGAUAACAGGAGCGCUGCCGCUGAAAACAUUGAUUGUGGUUGCUUGAAAAAAAAAUCGUAGAUGACACAACGUCUGAGAGCUUUGAAGUGAUUCCACAAAAUCUGUCAGCAGAAGUUUUCUUUCCAUGAACUUCUGCCAGAGAUUCUGGAGAGCAAAAAAUGGAAAUUGCAAUCACAACUUUGAAAUCAAUCUUACGUCUUUGAAAUCUGCUUUUCAUGAAACCAUAUCCCAGAUGUACCUCAGACUGAUGGAAGGAUUGGUCUUCUCCUUAAGAAGCUUAUGAAUCACUCGAGUUUCUCCUGCAAAGUUUCUGCAUAUGGCACAAGAAACAUUAGAUCAAUUAUAUACAGUGAGUGACACACAUUAGAAAAGAAAUGCAUUAUAUUGCAAGCUUGACAAGAACCUAGCCAACUUUCUCUGUUUGCAUUGCACUGAAGACAGCAUUUGACCAAGAAUCUGGUACUUUCCAGCUGAAAGCUUUUUUAGAGUUGUUCAGAUGUGGCUGAUGUGCUAAGUUCCUCUUCGCAAGCCAACAGUUGGAGGCCAUCAAGAUCUUUUUACACCUCUGAAGAUGCUGUAACUGCAGAUCAAAGUCUGGAGUCCUCUGGGCUUCAGAGGCACAACAGUGUUUUCUGCCUGAUGAGUGGAAGACCAUGCAACCCUAUGGCUGGCAAUACAAACUCUUACUGCUCUAUUUUGACGUUCCCAGCGAGGCUCUGAAGAACCCUGAGAUGUGUGCUUUGUUCUAAACAGCUCAGACUGAAGCGGGACAGUCAUGAGUGCUGACGUAGCUAACAGGCUGGAUUUGGACCCUGAUUACAAUGCUGAACUGGCUGACAUGGUAGCAGCCAUGAACGUGGCUGCCAACAGACUGACCCCUUCUAAUGGAUACAGGACCACCCCGCAUCGCCUCAGUCUCUCCGAUCGCAAGCUGUCACUGCAGGAGCGAUCCAGUAACCAGAAUGGCAUCAUCCCACGAAUAGCCAGAAGACCCACUAUUGAAUCGAAGCGGGUGUCUAUCUCUGAUGGGGAUGACUGUGUCCAGCUAAACCAGUACAAGUUGAAGAAUGAGAUAGGAAAGGGUUCAUAUGGGGUGGUCAAAUUAGCAUAUAAUGAAGAUGAUGACCAGUUUUACGCUAUGAAGUUGGUAUCCAAAAAGAAGUUAAUGAAGCAGUAUGGAUUCGCACGGCGACGUCCUUCCAGAGAAUCCAGUGGAUCCCUAGAGAAUCUUUUAAAGCAUUCUGGCCUGUUGGACCGGGUGUAUCAAGAAAUUGCUAUUCUGAAGAAACUUGACCAUCUUAAUGUGGUUCAUUUAGUUGAGGUUCUUGACGACCCGGCUGAGGAUAACUUGCACAUGGUCUUUGAGUUGGUACCUAAAGGUCCAGUGAUGGAGAUCCCAACAGACAGUCCUCUAACAGAAGAAAUGGCCCGCUUCUACUUCAGAGAUGUCCUCCUAGGAAUUGAAUACUUGCACUAUCAGAAAAUCAUACAUAGAGACAUCAAACCCUCCAAUCUGUUGCUGGGGGAUGAUGGGCACAUCAAGAUCGCAGAUUUCGGUGUCAGUAAUGUGUUUGAGGGGAACGAUGCUCUGCUGUCAGACAGUGCAGGAACACCGGCUUUCAUGGCACCUGAAACUCUGACUGACCAGGACCUCAGAUUCAGUGGAAAGGCUCUGGACAUAUGGGCAAUGGGAGUGACGCUGUUUUGUUUCAUCUUUGGAAGGUGUCCUUUUCAUGAUGAAUACAUCUUAGGCCUGCAUGAAAAGAUCAGAACUGCGCCAGUUGAGUUCCCAGACAUGUCUGUGAUCAGUGAUGGGCUGAAGGAUCUCAUCAUCAGAAUGCUGGACAAAGUCCCUGAAGCUAGAAUCACAUUACCAGAAAUCAAGCUGCACCCGUGGGUCACGCUUGAUGGGACGGAUCUUCUGCCUCUGGAGGAGGAGCACUGCACCGUGGUGGAGGUCACUGAGGAGGAGGUGCAGAACUCCGUCAAACUGGUUCCCAGCCUGUCUGCUGUGAUCCUGGUGAAGUCCAUGCUGCGGAAGCGCUCCUUCAGUAACCCGUUCGAGUGUCCCAGCCGCAGGAAGGGCAGGUCCAUGUCUGCCCCUGGAGUUCUUGUGGACAUGUCACUGUUUCGCCCUCUAAGCAGAGGGAGUAACAAUAAUGGAAGCAGAGAAGGAGAGCUGGAAAACCUUAUUGAGGAUGAAACAUUUACAUAAAUUAGCAAAAAUCAUUUUUCUUAUUGGCCCAAUUGUGUGAUUAGCCACUUUGUCCUCAUCUGCGCUGGAUUAUUUUGAGCAUCAACAUAAAAAUUCUAUAUACUGUGUAACGCAUGAUGGUUAUCUUAUGUAGGUACCUUUAAAAUAUAAUGCCGAAUCUGGUAAUACUUUAUAUUAGAGUAAUAUUUGUGUUUUAUUGCAUUUACGUGCCAAACCUAAAGUAAAUUUGAAAGAAGUUUAGAUUUAAAUGCAUAUAUAUAUAAUGUUUGUAUCAGUGCAUUCGACAGAUAAGCGUGAUCCCUUUGCUGUGCAGCAGAAAUCAGCAUAGCUUUGCAUGACAUGUAUUAGAAGUCUCUGUUUCAUAAAUGGUCUGUAUGCUUUUUUUUUGUUGUCCUUUUGAGAUUUGAAGUAAAAUUGAAAGAGAGAGACAGGCCUAUUUUAUUUUAUUUUUUUAUAAUAGUCACUGUCGAAACAUCUACAGUAAAUAUGUUUAAUUAUAUAAAAAUAAGAAUAUAAAAACGUAUUGCAUUCUGAGUAUAGGCUUCUGGGCUCCUUUAGUGUGCACUAUUAUUAAUCACAACGGAUGUACCCUAGUGCCUCUGUGAGGUUGUUCUCUGAUUAGCAACACAAGCCCCAGGGACUCAGAAUGUCACUCUUUUUUAUUUUUAAAUAACCGUCUAAGGUAGAUAGUAUGUCAGGAUAUGGCCUAGACGGAUAUGUCAAGAUGUAAACUUCACUGCUGUUUAUCUUUUAAUGUUAUGAUGACAGUCCACUUCGACAGUCCACCAAUGAUCACACUUUCAAGUUGUAUUACAGAACUUUAUUAGACCAAGCAUAAGUGUUUGUUAGAGGUGGAUAAUGAAGGAAAAUGGGCCACUGGAUUUUACAAUGUGGCUUUUUAUAUCAGAGCUUCAGUCUCAUGGGUAAUUCAGGACAAAGAAUGCAGGCGUUUGAUUCAUACUUAAACUCCCACUUUGAGGUGUCUCUCCAAAGUAUUCCACAAAAACCUGGCAAUCAUUAAAUCGUGUAAUUACCAUACAAAAGCAAAGAACAGAUAAUCCCAGUAUGUUCAAUUCCUGAUUUUUUGGAAAAGCUUUUAUUUUGCCUUUGUACUCUAGGGUAAAUCUCACAAAAUAUGUCCAAGACUAAUACACUUUUCACCCCAUAUUAAAAUUAUAUAUAACAAAAACAAAUCCCUCCAAAUUCGUAUUAAUGUAAUGCAUUUUUUAGAAUUCCCAUGAUUUUUAUAGAGGAUUGUCAUUACUGCAUAUUUUGUAAUAAAUAUCUAAACAAGA